AAGCCCUCAGGCAGUGACUGGGAGGGGAACAGGAGGAGGGACAGAGGGAUGGGGAAGGCUGCACAAAGGAAUUCCUCACACCAAAGCCCCCUGACUGCCAGCUCCAGAGAGUAAAGAAGCCGACCUCCUCUCAGGCUAGCUCACUGGCGCCCAUCUUCCCACGAUGGCUGUGCUCCGGCCAUAGAGCCUCUCCGGGCCUUCCAAGAGGACCCACACUUCUUCCUGUAGGUGGCAACAGUGACACCUGUUUGACCAGUGAGGCUGAGCCAGAGACUGCAAGAGGGAGGAGGCAAACUACUCGGAGAGGAGCUGGGAGGCAGAGCUGCUGGCUCACUUGCUCACUGAGUAAAAGGCCUUCACCAUGGCAGAUUCCCCCGGCUGCUGCUCUGUCUGGGCCCGUUGCCUCCACUGCCUGUACAGCUGCCACUGGAGGAAAUACCCUAAACAGAAGAUGCCGACCAGCAAGUGUGACUGCAUCUGGUUUGGCCUGCUCUUCCUCACCUUCCUCCUGUCCCUGGGAUGGCUGUACAUCGGGCUCAUCCUUCUCAAUGAUCUGCAUAACUUCAAUGAAUUCCUGUUUCGCCAUUGGGGACACUGGAUGGACUGGUCCUUGAUAGUCCUGCUGGUCAUCUCUCUCCUGGUCACAUAUGCAUCCUUGCUAUUGCUCCUGGGCCUGCUCCUGCAACUCUGUGGACAGCCUCUGCAUCUCCACAGUCUCCACAAGGUGCUGCUGCUCCUCAUUAUACUUCUAGUGGCCACUGGCCUUGUGGGACUGGAUAUCCAAUGGCGGCAGGAGUGGCAUAGUUUACGACUGUCACUGCAGGCCACAGCCCCAUUCCUUCACAUUGGAGCAGUUGCUGGAAUCACCUUGUUGGCCUGGCCUGUGGCUGAUACCUUCUACCGCAUCCACCCAAGAGGCCCCAAGGUUCUGUUACUGUUGCUAUUUUUUGGAGUCACUCUGGUCAUCUACCUGACACCCCUGCUCAUCUCCUCCCCCUGCAUCAUGAAACUCAGAGAUUUACCCCCCAAGCCUGGGCUGGUGGGACACCGAGGGGCUCCCAUGCUGGCCCCUGAGAAUACCCUGAUGUCCCUGCGAAAGACAGCCGAAUGUGGAGCGGCUGUAUUCGAGACAGAUGUGAUGGUCAGCUCUGAUGGAGUGCCCUUUCUCAUGCAUGAUGAGCGACUCAGCCGGACUACCAAUGUAGCCUCUGUGUUUCCAGAGCGAAGCUCCGCCCACAGCAGUGACUUCUCCUGGGCUGAACUGCAGACACUCAAUGCUGGAGCCUGGUUCCUAGAGAGGCAACCUUUCUGGGGGGCCAAGAAGCUGUCAGGCUCUGAUCGGAUGGAGGCUGAGAAUCAGACAGUACCAGCACUAGAAGAACUACUGAAGGAAGCAGCAACCCUCAACCUUUCCAUCAUGUUUGACUUGCGCCGACCCCCAAGAAACCACACCUACUAUGAUACUUUUGUGAAUCAGACAUUGGAGGCUGUGUUGAGUGCAAACGUGCCCCAAGCCAUGGUUCUCUGGCUCCCAGAUGAAGAUCGUGCCAAUGUGCAACAACGGGCCCCCAGAAUGCGCCAGAUAUAUGGCCAUCAGGGUAGCAACGGGACUGAGAGGCCCCAGUUUCUCAACCUCCCCUAUCAAGACCUGCCACUCUUGGAUAUCAAGACACUGCACCAGGAUAAUGUCUCAGUGAACCUGUUUGUAGUGAACAAGCCCUGGCUCUUCUCCCUGCUCUGGUGUGCAGGGGUAGAUUCUGUCACCACCAACGACUGCCAGCUGCUGCAGCAGAUGCAGUACCCCCUCUGGCUUAUUCCCCCUCAAAAAUACUUAAUGAUAUGGGUCAUCGCCGACUGUGCCUCCAUUCUGCUGCUUUUGAGUAUCUUCCUCCUCCGAGGGAGAUGUGCUAAGAGAAACAGAACGGGCUUAGAAACAGCAGUGCUACUGACCAAGAUCAACAAUUUCACGUCAGAGUGAAUGGCGGGCCCAGGCCCCCACUAGUUCCUGCCUAAGGCCUGUGUGCAAUGGUCAAAAGGAAGGCCAGGAGCUGAUGUGGAAGGGUCCUGGAAUCAAAUGUUUGAAGGACGGAGCAUCGCUAAGAGAUUUUUGAACUAAGAGGGCCCUCUGUCCAGAUGGUGGGCAUGUCUCAAGCUGCCAUGGAAUUUGCUGCCUUUGGUGUUUUGACAUGAAUUAGUCGGAAAGACAGUGACUGACAAGAAGUUACUCCCAAAAUGAAAUUAAAGCAAGGAAGUGAGAGAGAUUGCCAAGAUAAUGAAUUAGGCUUGUGUGCACAUGUACUUGGAUAGAAGACUCAGGGUGUGUCAGGGUGCAAUAGCUCAGAAUGAUGACUGAAGGAAAUUUGGCCAUAAUGGCCUUUCCCGAAGAACUCCUAGGAUGAUGAAGACAGUCCACACUCCAUGCCUUCUCUCCUCACCCUCACAAUUCAGCUUCUUUUCUGCCUUACAGGCUGGGAGAGAAAAAGCUCAUUUAGCAAUGUAAUAUUGUCUCUAUGGUAGGUUUUUGUUGUGAGCAGUGAAUGAUUUCUGUAUCUUGCCUGUUAAUCUGUUAUUCAAUGAAUUUUUAAUUUGUCAUUUGGU